UUAGGGCACAUCAAAAUUUUGAACAAUUUCUUUGAAUUUUAAUUGGUUAAAAAAUAUCCUAGCACAAACAAAAUUACCCGAGCACUGGCCUUUAGAAAUUUUUGACGCACUGCUUACAUUUUCGGCGCACAGAUUCUCACGUGCAAAUGUUUUGAUAGGGCGUUGUUAUUUUGUUUCCAAUAUAUCAUUAUCUAAGAAGAAAUCCGAAUGAGUUUGCUUGUAUAGACGGUCUGACAGUUUUCUCAACUCUCAAGUCAUGUCAAUUUUCCGCCGACUCCUGAAGAGGCACCCUCUGCUCAGUAAUGCGGCUAUCUAUGGCACCAUGUUUGUUGGUGCCGAAGUCGGACAACAGGCACUUCUGAGACGAGCCGAGGUAAAGAAUGAGAAGAAGAAGCCAGAGCCCUUGGAUUCUGCCUCCGUUGCACGCUACUGUGUGUUGGGCUAUGCCAUAGCGCCACCCCUCCUGUAUGCAUGGUACAAAUGGCUGGACAGUCGGUUUAUGGGUGUCACCAUGCGAGUCGUCUCAAAGAAAGUGUUUCUGGAUGUCGCCGUGGCCGGGCCCGUCGACGUCUUUAUCUUCUUCUACAGCAUGGCAGUUAUGGAACAAAGGGAGGACAAGAUGGAGGAAAUUCGAGAAAAAUACAUCCCGACUGUUCUGAAACAAGUUUACUUCUGGGUGCCGGCCCAGCUGAUCAACUUUCUCUUCCUGCCGCCUUCUGUGCGCGUGGCAUUCGUCGGGGUCUGCUCGUUCCUCUGGAUUAAUAUCCUCUGCUGGGUGAAGCGGGAGCCGCCUGGCUAUACCGCUUCCUCGGACGGUGCCGAAGCGAGUCUGAUGUCUGCUGCUGACUCGGCAGACGCGGAGAUAUACUAGACGAUGGCGGUGGCGUCCAAAACGCGCUGAGUGAAAGCUGUGUUGAGUGACAUCGCAGAGGCUGUGGUUGAAGCUCGAGAGUGCAAACUGCAAAUGUAUGAAGGGGGAGAAACCUCUGGGAACACAGUCCUAGAUGUGACAAAGGCGAAGAUUCGUGAGUUCAUUUUUGAACGUCGUCAAGUCAUUCUGUCUGAGGUUUUCAGUGCACUUGAAGCCAGACAGGUGUAAAAGAGGCUAGACCUUGCGCUCUGACCAGGCCAUCGCGUGCGAAUCACGUGCGCACCAUUUGAUUCGGUUCCCUUGGUGUGGAGUUGCUGCGAUUUCAGAGGACGUUUCGAAGGCUGUGGGUCGUGUCAUGGAGUUGCCAGUUGCUUCAGGGCAUUCAGCGCGACUGAUCGCAGCUUUGUAAUAUGCGUGUGAUUGCGGUGAUCUUGGAACUUGGAGUAACUUGUGUGUGUUCCAUGGCGCAUAUUCCUUAGCCAGAGCCGCCAUCGAUUUUUUGACGAGUGCUGUGAAUGCCUCCUGUGCAAGCCUUAUUAUCCACGAUCAACCUUCGAUAAGAUGUCGAUGCCGCAUGUUUUGCUUUGAUUUUGUUUUUGGUGGCAUCUUCGACUUGUCGUUAGUCGCAUUGCGACGUUAAUCCUUUUCCAGUUAUGCUUACGGUACAUUACCAACUACGGAUUUUGUGCUUCAUAAGCAUGGUUCCUCAUCGAUGUUUAUAAACUCGUCAUUGCUUAGUUUUCAGUCCUCAGUAUAAGUACUUGCCAGUAAGUGUCUCACUUACUAUAUGCGUAUGAUAUCGAUUUAAUUGCAUUGCAUAAAGUUUGCGCGUCCAUUUGUUUUGUAAGGCUUCCAUGGUUUUCAGGAAAGCGUGGCUCUUCAGCCUCGACUGGAGACAUGGCGUUUGUGGUGCUUUGUGUUUUGUUUGAAUUGGUGCCGGUGCUGGGUAACUUAGCCAUGUAUUAGUCAAAGCCAAUACGUUUGAAUUGGCCUCGCGAGUCGGGCAUAUAUCACCCGUAAUAUUUGCAAUCAAACGUUAUUUUGUGAAUAAGAUAUCGCAUAAUCGUAAGUAUCGGCAGAGCGUGAUAUCACCAAUGACCACGGCAUUCAACUCUGUCCGGUAGGCAGUAGCAUAUCGUUAUAGAAAUGAAUUUGAAAAUACACGCGUUUUUACUCUAAA